AAGAACGCUCCUUUUUUCGCCAGAGUAGAGAGAAGGAUGGAGGAGUUCAGUCCAAUGCCGUGUCCCUCCACCGUAACAGUCCGCCGUAACCCUCCUCGAAAAGCCAGAGCCACUCCGUACACCACCGCAGCUAAACCACCUCCCUCCUCGAACACUCACGACGUCCCUUCGUUCCCGAUCGACGAGAUUCUCUCCAUCCAGAUCCCUCAACCCGAACCAGAACCAAAACCCUCCGUCUCCGUUUCUGAGAGCUUGAAGAUCUUCCUGAGAAUCAAGCCCCUGAGGGUCUUCAGCAAGGCAACCGCCGCGGCGAAGAGCAGACCUAGAAACGUCUGGCCUCAAAACCCUUCGAAGAAGCACAACGUCGCGAAAGAGAGUAGGAGUAAGAAGAGCGAGGAAGCUUGUAUCACUCUCAACGAUUCUCACUCAGUCACGCUGACUCCGCCUCAGGCGUUGCAAGAGCUGAAACGAAGCAAGACUGAGGUCUUCGAAGGGUUUUCUCACGUUUUUCCUGCCGACUGUUCGCAGAGCGAUGUGUAUGGUAAGAUGGUUCAGCCUUUGUUGGAGGAUUUCUUGAACGGGAAGAGUGGAAUGUUGGCUGCUUUGGGUCCUAGCGGCUCUGGCAAGACUCACACUGUCUUUGGAACUCCCAAGGAUCCUGGUGUUGUCCCGCUUACGCUCCGUCAGAUUUUCAAGAAGAGAGAUGAGACUUCUUCUCCUGUGUCUUUGAGGUUAUUUCACUUGUCUAUAUUUGAGAUAUGCUCCGAACGAGGGAAAGGGGAGAAAGCUUAUGAUUUACUUGGAGAUGGAAGCUCUGAGUUGUCUGUGCAGCAAUCAACCAUCAGGGGUUUGAAAGAGGUGCCGAUCCGGAAUUUGGAGGAAGCAGAGUCCUUAAUUGGACAGGCAAUGUUGAAACGUGCUACAGCUACAACAAAUUCAAAUAGCCAGUCAAGUCGCUCACAGUGCAUCAUUAACAUAAGAGCAGCAUCCGAUGGCGUUUCUAACGAGACAACUGCUGAUGCUAUGCUGACUAUAGUUGACUUGGCGGGAGCAGAAAGGGAGAAAAGAACUGGCAAUCAGGGAGAAAGGUUGGUCGAGAGUAAUUUCAUCAAUAAUACAUCCAUGGUUUUCGGUCAAUGUUUGCGGUCAUUGUUGGAGUACCAGAAGAACCGAAAGAAGGGACUGCAGAAACAUCAUCAAAAUUCUCUGUUAACAAGGUACUUGCGAGAUUAUCUAGAAGGAAAGAGGAGGAUGGCUUUGAUUAUAACAGUCAAAGCAGGAGAAGAAGAUUAUCUUGAUACCUCCUAUCUCUUAAAACAAGCAUCGCCGUACAUGAAAAUCAAAUUUGAUAACACUGAGGAGGUUUGCAACAAGAGGCAGCUCAAGACAUUUCCAAGAGUUGAGAAAAACAAGAAAAUGAAACUCAGUGCUCCCAAGACUUCCCAAAUUGCAGAGACUGUUGCUGGAGAGAAAAACCAAAUUACUCAGGAAGCAGUGAAUUUGGAGGGAAAGAAAGCUGAUCAAACAGAGAAAUCAUCUCCAAAGCUGGAGGAUAACAACGACAGAGAGCACAUCAUCAUGCGGAAUUUUGCUAAAGUCGUGUGGAAUGUCCUGAAGCAGUACAACGAGAAAUUAAAAGUUGCAGAAGGUGACAUUUGCACUCUCAAGGAAAGCCUUAAAAACGAACAACUCAAAUCACGGGGAUUAGAGGCAGAGUUGAUCAAUCUUAAGUCAAACCUGGCAGAACCAUGUCUACCUGAGGUAGAAGCACUUGUCCAUGCAAAAGAACAGAUCGAGACAAAUGUCGAUGAUGAUGAUCCUUGCGACCUUAUCGAGUCAAGAAGUGAAGUAACCGCAGACGGAUGCAAUGAGUCUCCAGUUGUACCAAACAAAAGUGUAGUACCUGGCUUAGGAAACGAGGAAAUCUCCAGUGAAGAGCAAAAAUGUGCCAAGCAAGAUGAUCCUUGCAACCUUAUCGAUUCAACAAGUGAAGUCACUGCAGAAGGAUGCAAUGAGUCUCCUGUACCAAACAAAAAUGUGGUACCCGACUUAGCAAACGAGCAAGAAUGUGACAUUCAAAUUAAUCCAACACCUUCACCAGAACAAGCUGAAGUUAGUCUCAUCAACAACCGGCUGUCUAACAUUCAAACAAAGUCUGCAGUAUCCCGCAGAUUUCCAGAUUCAGAGAAACAAGAAAGACACAGAAGACUGUUGCCAGCUUCAUCCAGAUUGCUAGCUGAGGAAAUGGAUGACUUGGAGAUCAAAGAUAAGCAGAUUGAGAAACCACAGGUUAAAUUAACCGAGACUCGUGAUGGAAAGAAAACGGAAUCAACUAAGAGUCGUGAAAUUGAAAUCCCUGCUCGUGAAGCAGAACCUGCAUCAACUAAAAAACAGAGGAACGAACAGAAGAAACCCAGAAGGAGGCUCCAACCUGCUUCAUCAGUGUUGUUAACAAGAGAAAUAAACACGUUAGAGAUCGAGGAUGAUGUGGCCGAGCCAAAGGGGACCAGAGGCGGAAAGAAGACAACAGUAACACAACCGAGAAGCCAAGGGAGUGUCACCCUCCUCCGUCUCCUUACAAGCAAUCUCCAUCUCUGACAAGAAAAACUCAUAUCAACAUAUAUUGUCGUACCUUUUAUUGUCCGAAGGUAAAGGGUAUAAAGUAAAAAAAUUCUGAAAUAGGUAGCAAAAUUACAACAUGUAUUAUAUAGGUUAACACCAAAAACACGUCUCGCUUUUUUAAUUUAUUUCUUAAACCACUA